GGAAGAAGGGAGGGGAGAGCGGUGGCGGCGGCUGCGCCGGGCUGUGUGUCUCACGCCGCCAGAGGAAGAUGAGGCUGAAGAUCGGGUUCAUCUUACGCAGUUUGCUGGUGGUGGGAAGCUUCCUGGGGCUGGUGGUCCUCUGGUCUUCCCUGUCCUCACGGCCCGACGACCCAAGCCCACUGAGCAGGAUGAGGGAAGACAGAGAUGUCAAUAAUCCCCUGCCUAACCGAGGAGGCAAUGGACCAGCUCCCGGGGAUGACAGAUUCAAACCUGUGGUACCGUGGCCUCAUGUGGAAGGAGUGGAAGUGGACCUAGAGUCUAUCAGAAGAAAAAACAAGGCCAAAAAUGAGCAGGAGCGCCAUGCUGGGGGAGACUCACAGAGAGACAUUAUGCAGAGGCAGUACCUGACAUUUAAGCCUCAGACGUUCACCUACCACGAUCCUGUGCUGCGUCCAGGGGUCCUCGGGAACUUUGAACCCAAAGAACCCGAGCCUCACGGAGUGGUAGGUGGCCCCGGGGAGAAAGCCAAGCCAUUGGUUCUGGGACCGGAAUACAAGCAAGCAGUUCAAGCCAGCAUUAAAGAGUUUGGAUUUAACAUGGUGGCAAGUGACAUGAUCUCACUGGACCGCAGCGUCAAUGACUUACGCCAAGAAGAAUGCAAGUAUUGGCACUAUGAUGAAAACCUGCUCACUGCAAGCGUCGUCAUUGUCUUCCACAAUGAAGGAUGGUCAACUCUCAUGAGGACAGUACACAGCGUAAUCAAAAGGACACCGCGGAAGUACUUAGCAGAAAUCGUGUUGAUCGAUGAUUUCAGCAGUAAAGAACACUUAAAAGAAAAACUGGAUGACUACAUAAAACUGUGGAAUGGCCUUGUGAAGGUGUUUCGGAACGAGAGAAGAGAGGGUUUAAUCCAAGCUCGCAGCAUCGGUGCUCAGAAGGCAAAACUCGGACAGGUUUUGAUAUACCUUGAUGCCCACUGUGAGGUGGCAGUUAACUGGUAUGCGCCACUUGUAGCUCCCAUAUCUAAGGACAGAACCAUUUGCACUGUGCCGAUUAUAGAUGUCAUAAAUGGCAACACAUAUGAAAUUUUACCCCAAGGGGGUGGUGAUGAAGAUGGGUAUGCCCGAGGAGCAUGGGAUUGGAGUAUGCUCUGGAAACGGGUGCCUCUGACUUCUCGCGAGAAGAGACUGAGAAAGACAAAAACUGAACCUUAUCGGUCUCCAGCCAUGGCUGGUGGGUUAUUCGCCAUUGAAAGAGAAUUCUUCUUCGAACUGGGUCUCUACGAUCCUGGUCUCCAGAUUUGGGGUGGUGAAAACUUUGAAAUAUCAUACAAGAUCUGGCAGUGUGGUGGCAAAUUACUGUUUGUCCCUUGUUCCCGUGUUGGACACAUCUACCGUCUUGAGGGCUGGCAAGGGAAUCCUCCGCCUCUGUAUGUUGGCUCUUCUCCGACUCUUAAGAAUUAUGUUAGAGUCGUAGAAGUCUGGUGGGAUGAAUACAAAGACUACUUCUAUGCCAGCCGUCCUGAGUCAAAGGCACUGCCCUAUGGGGACAUAUCUGAGCUGAAGAAAUUUCGAGAAGAUCAUAACUGCAAAAGUUUCAAAUGGUUUAUGGAAGAAAUAGCUUAUGACAUCACUGCCCACUACCCUUUGCCACCCAGAAACGUUGAGUGGGGGGAAAUCCGAGGCCUCGAGACUGCAUACUGCAUUGAUAGCAUGGGGAAAACAAACGGAGGCUUCGUGGAACUAGGACCCUGCCACAGAAUGGGCGGGAACCAGCUUUUCCGAAUCAAUGAAGCAAAUCAACUCAUGCAAUAUGACCAGUGUUUGACAAAAGGACCCGAUGGAUCCAAAGUCAUGAUCACACACUGUAACCUAAAUGAAUUUAAGGAAUGGCAGUAUGUCAAGAACCUGCACAGGUUUACUCACAUUCCUUCAGGAAAGUGCUUAGAUCGCUCAGAGGUCCUGCACCAAGUGUUCAUCUCCAGCUGUGACGCCAGUGCCAUGACACAGAGGUGGGAAAUGAAUAACAUCCACAGUGUUUAAGAUGACUGACAGAAGCCAACACUCAACCUACUGACAAGUCCGCUUGGAGAGGACUGAAGCCGCCUGGAACCUGCUGCAAACGUAGUUAUUACUUCUGUACAGCUCCAAACCUGGAAGCUCUCUGAGGGGGCUGGAAGGACGCUGACAAACUGUGAUCGUACAAUGACAUUCUCAUCUGCAGUGACUGUUUACAAAACUGCUCUUACCUUAAACUCUGUAGAUGUUUACAUCGUUUGUUUCGUUUUUCUGAUGAUGUUGGUGAUCUGUGCCUUUAACUCCAUUUCCAGAAUGGAGUUAAAGCUUAUGUUGUCUUCUUUGGGAACACACUCAGGGGUCUGAAAGGAAGUUUGGUUUUUGUUGUUGUUGUUGUUGUUUUUUGUUGUUUU